GGAGGCUCGGACCUAUCCAUAUGGAUGUACUUCGACCGCAGCCCCCGGGAGCUGCGCCAGGCCGUGUGCCCAGUGAGGCCGCGGAUCCAGAACGCGUAUAUGCUCGUUUACAUAAAAGAGGACCUGGCGGAGCAGAUCCUGAAGGUGCCCGACCCCUCGGAGGUCAACGCCAGGCUUGUGGAGCGCUGCGACCGCGAGGCCCGCCUCGCGGACCAGAGGAGAAAAGAGAAGCUGGAGCAGCAGAUGAAGAUCAAGAUCAGACUGGUUUUCGACAAGGACCUCGUCAAGAUGACGGGGUUCUGGGAGCACACCGACGUCGCCUACGGGCACACGCUCAAGAUGGGCCGGGACCAGCUCUUCAAGGAUUUGGCCGCAGAGGUGGAGACGAUCACGGAGGUGCCCCGCGCCCACAUGGCUAUCUUCUCGCUGUAUUACCGGAACAACCCCCGGCAGGUGCGCUUCGCUCACGUGGAGCCGAAGGCCAGCCUGAGGAACAGCAUCCCGACCUUCAGCGCGCCGCAUUUCGACCCCAGCGAUCCGUACCUGACGGUGCUCGUCUGCUUCGCCAAGGGCUAUUCCAUGGACACGUACAAAUGGAAACCCGCCAAGGAGAGCGACAAGCCCGACCAGCUAGUGACGUGGCGCGAGGAUCAGAACUUGCUUCUGAUCGUCAAGUAUUUCUGCCCGCUGAACCACAAGCUUGUUACGCUGGGAUGU